GAGCAAUCCGGAGGUGGCGGCAAGCAAAGUUCCCCGCGAACUCCCGCCACUAGGCUGCUGCUGGAAGCCGGGCGCCGCGUCUCUGUUUCCCACGGGGGUCUGGGGACAUGGCCCGGAGGGCUCUCAAGCUUGCUUCGUGGACCAGCAUGGCUCUUGCCGCCUCUGGCGUCUACCUCUACAGCAACAAGUACUUGGACCUCAACGACUUUGGCGCUGUCAGGGUGGGCAGAGCAGUUGCCACGACAGCUGCCAUCAGUUACGACUAUCUUACCUCCUUGAGGAGUGUCCCCUAUGGUUCAGAGGAAUACUUGCAGCUUCGAUCCAAGGUGCACCUUCGCUCUGCCAGGCGCCUUUGCGAGCUCUGCUGUGCCAACCGGGGCACGUUCAUCAAGGUGGGCCAGCACCUGGGGGCUCUGGACUACCUGCUGCCGGAGGAGUACACCAGCACGCUGAAGGUGCUACACAGCCAGGCCCCACAGAGCAGCAUGCAGGAGGUCCGCCAGGUCAUCCGAGAGGACCUGGGCAAAGAGAUUCAUGAUUUGUUCAUGAGCUUUGAUGACACCCCUCUGGGAGCUGCCUCCCUGGCCCAGGUCCACAAGGCGGUGCUGCAUGAUGGGCGGACGGUGGCCGUGAAGGUCCAGCACCCAAAGGUGCAGGCUCAGAGCUCAAAGGACAUUCUUCUGAUGGAGGUGCUCGUCCUGGCCGUGAAGCACCUAUUUCCGGAGUUUGAGUUCAUGUGGUUGGUGGAUGAAGCCAAGAAGAACCUGCCUUUGGAGCUGGAUUUCCUCAACGAGGGGAGGAACGCCGAGAAAGUGGCCCAAAUGCUCAAGCACUUUGACUUCCUAAAGGUCCCCCAGAUCUACUGGGAGCUGUCCACCAAGCGGGUCCUUCUGAUGGAGUUUGUGGACGGCGGGCAGGUCAACGACAGAGACUACAUGGAGAGGAACAAGAUUGACGUCAAUGAGAUCUCGCGCCACCUGGGCAAGAUGUACAGUGAGAUGAUCUUUGUCAACGGCUUCGUGCACUGUGACCCUCACCCAGGCAAUGUGCUGGUGCGGAAGUGCCCGGGCACAGGAAAGGUGGAGAUCGUCCUGUUGGACCAUGGGCUUUACCAGGUGCUCACGGAAGAGUUCCGCCUGGAUUACUGCCACCUCUGGCAGUCGCUGAUCUGGACCGACAUGAAGAGUGUGAAGAAGUACAGCCAGCGCCUGGGAGCCGGGGACCUCUACCCCUUGUUCACCUGCAUGCUGACAGCCCGGUCGUGGGACUCAGUCAACAGGGGCAUUGGCCAAACUCCAGUCACUGCCACUGAGGACUCAGAGAUCCGCAACAAUGCGGCCAACUACCUCCCCCAGAUCAGCCACCUUCUCAACCUCGUGCCGCGUCAGAUGCUGCUCAUCUUCAAGACCAACGACCUGCUGCGAGGCAUCGAGGCCGCCCUGGGCACCCGCGCCAGCGCCACGUCCUUCCUCAACAUGUCACGUUGCUGCGUCAAGGCGCUGGCCGCGCACAAGAAGAAGAAUACCCGUUCAUUCUUCAGAAGGACCCAGAUCUCUUUCAGUGAGGCCUUCAACUUAUGGCAGAUCAACCUUCAUGAACUCGUUCUGCGUGUGAAAGGGCUGAGGCUGGCCAGCUGGGUGUUGGCCCUGCUCUGCUGGCUGUUGCCUGCUCCACACUGAGUGGACUUACUGUUCCCUUCCUGGUGUGACCUUGUGGUGGCCAAGGGGUCUUUUCACUCCUCACUCUUCCAUCAUGUCUCUACGUACUUGCCCCGUUUCUGCCAGCUGGUGGCCUGGAGCCCCACGGUCUCUGUCCAUGGCACCGUUGUGCUCCACCUCUGAAAUUCCUCUCCUUUGGAGCCCUUGUCUUGGGACCCCCAAGCUGUGCCGUGUGAUAGGUUCCUUUCUCUCUGUAUCCAGGGAGAAGGCAUGGCAGUCUGCUUUCCCGCUCCCCAUGUGGGCCAUUGGGUUGGAUGCCCCCCCUCUUCCGUUAACCCUUCCUGUUAUCAGGAUGGACCAUGAAUCCCACUGAGGGCACAUUUAACUUGCAGGAAGUUUGAUUUUGCUGGAAGGGAGCGUGGUCUCUGAACUGGAGAACAGUUUCCUCUCCUUGCGCUGUCGCUCCGCAGGGGUGCCGGCCUUAGCGAGGGCUUGGCACCCGAGCCAGCCUCUGUAGCAGCUGUGAGUUCACUGCUGUCGUGAUGACCCCUUUGGUGUUUUAUGUACUGUGAUUCAAUAAAAACCCCUUCAGGGUUGCAGAGCAGA